CUAUAAACGGAGCAAAUGAAAAUAUUAAUCGACUUUUACCGUCCAAACAUAUUACUAAAGGAUUCUAUAGUGAACACCAUUCAAGAAAUUUUACACCAAGUUUGAGGCCUUAUGAUACAAGAUUUAAUAAUAAAAUUAGCAAGGCCGGCAACAUGACCGUGACAUACCAGACGAGGAGUGGGAAUCCCUCAAGAAAAGUUUACGUUAUGAAAAAGUUUAUUCAUGCUUUGGAUCAUCUUGAACGAACGUUCUAUGCCACAACAUAUGCAACUUUGUCAUCAAUAAGCCCGCCAGAGCGCAAAGUAAACGGGAUUAGUUUUAUGUUAUCUAGCCUAUUUCUUCAGAUAGCGUUAAUAGCGCUGUCUACAGAAGUAGACCCUGAUACGAGAGCAGAAAUCGAUAAAUGUACGGGAUUUACCGUCACCGAACAGGAAAAGGUACAGAUGUUAAAAGACGUAUUAUCCUGGCUUCCCGAAACAGACAAUGAUCUCAAGUUUCGCUACGCUACAAGAUUGGUUCUGAAAAGUGAUCUUAAAGUUAGUAGAAGAUUUCUCGAAGGAGCGGGGUCAGCGCUGAAAAUGAACAUAAGUUAUUUGAAUAAUAAUGAUAUGACUGAACUUCUUACCGAGAAACUUAAUCACAUGGUCGAGUCCGAUUCCGGCGGUUCAAUGCGCGACACGUUCGACGAGGACGAGCUGUCCGAGGGCGUGUGCGCCGUUCUGCUGUCCACGGUGUACGUGCGCGCGCGCUGGCGGGCUCCGCCCACCCUGCUCAACGGCACUGUACACUUCCGAGAUACAGACACGGCGCCCUAUCGGACCACGCACAUGAUACGGAUCAAUGAUGUCAUGCGAUAUGUUGACCUGCGCGAGUGGGAUGCGGAGGCUUUAGAAAUCAAUUAUGCGACACCUGGCCUAACAUUUUUCUUGAUAGUCCCUCGAGGUCGCUCUUUACGCAACGUGGCAGCUCACAUGUCUGUUACAAGCGUUAAAAGUAUUUCAGAUCGGAUGAAGACUUUACGAAUAGCAGCCACGUUGCCACUUUAUACGCUCCGUAUGACAUUGCUUCUACCCUCCAAACUUCAAGCAAUGGGUAUAAAUCGCCUUAUUGAUGCAAACAGUACGUGUGAUAGUUUGAGGCUUUCUCAUGCGGUUCAACGCAUCAUGUUCUGGGCCGAAGCGGGUCGAUACGCAUUUAAAGAUGACGGCAUUGAAUGGGACGAAACGCCAGAGCUAAGGAUAAUAGUCGAUCGACCAUAUUUAUUCUACGUGCGCUGGUUUAAUGUAACAAUAUUAAACGGCAACUUUGUUCUUUGACUUAGGCACUAAAUAUAAUGUUAUCAAGAC